AUGUCGCGCACCUACGACGUCGUCGUCUACGGAGCCACGGGCUUCACCGGCAAGCUCGUCUGCCGCUACCUCGCCUCGCACCCCGAGUCGCCCCGCUGGGCCCUCGGCGGCAGGAACCAGGCAAAGCUCAAGAAGCUCCGCGCCGACCUCGGCCUCUCGACCGACGUCGGCACCCUCGAGGCCGACUCGACAAAGUACAACUCCCUCGUCGAAAUGGCAAAGCAGGUCUCCGUCGUCAUCAACCUCGCCGGCCCCUACCGCAAAAACAACGCAGACAACGUCGUAAAGGCCUGCGUCGAGGCCGCCACCUCCUACGUCGAUCUCAGCGGAGAGACUGGCUUCAACGCCACCCUCAUUGACAGGUACCACCUCGAGGCCCAGGCCAAGGGCAUCAUCAUCGCCCCUUCGGUCGGAUUCGACUCCCUGCCCUUUGACCUCUCGACCUACCUUGCCGUUCAGCACGCCAAGAAGCUCGGCGGCCCGGCCUCCGAGGUCCUGACCGCCGACUGCGGAAUCGUCGUCAAGGGAGGCGUGUCGAGCGGCACCAUCAGCAGCGCCAUCGACAUGCAUCACGACCCAGCCCAGCUGUCGGCCUGCAAGCCCGACUGGCUCAGCCCGGUCGUCGGCUCACACACGUCGACCCACUACCUCUCGCACUACUUUGCCCACUUCAACAAGUACGGCGCCAUUACGCCCUUUACCCCGCACAACCACCGCAUCGUCAACCGAUCCUGGGGUCUGCUGCAGCAGGCCCACGCCGACGAGGCGUACGGCAAGACGUUCCAGUACCAGGAUGGAGCCAUUGUGCCCGCCCGGCCCAUCGCGUGGUUCGCGUCGUUCAUGGUCGGACUGAUUGGCUGGUCGCUCGGCCACAUUGCCAUCUUCCGAUGGCUGCUCACCUCGAUCCUGCCCGAAAACGGCGGUCCGUCGCCGUCCAAGCUCGAGAACGGCAUGAUGAGGGUCGAGACGCUGGCGCGCACCAAGAAGUCGGCGGCCGUGUGCACCAUGAAGGCCAAGGGCGACCCGGGCUACACGCUCACCAGCCGCAUGAUUGUCGAGACGGCCCUGACCAUCGCGCGCGAGGACCGCGCGCGAUGCGGCCCGCUCGCGGCCAAAGGCGGCGUACUCACCUCGGCCACCCUCGGCGCCGAGGUGCUCGCGUCCCGCCUGGAAAAGUUUGCCGGAUUCCAGAUCCAGACUGUCGAGUGGGACGGCGAGAGCCGGAAGACCAGGUGA